AUGAUGGAGAGUGGCGCAGCCGAGAGCCCGCCCAAACCAGAGCCAGUCCCGAGGACACGUUACGGUGAGGAGAUCAACGGCGCUCUGACUGAGGCACUCACACCGCUGGUCGAUGACAAAGGCUGGCCCAUGUACGGACACGCCCUGGCAUCGGAGAUGCUGGACCGCGGCAGGGUUGAGAAGUUGGGGGAGGUGCUGAGAGCGAUUCGCCAGGUGGCGCCGAACUUCUCGAUCGUCCCGCACGUGGUGGAGGAGGUCAUGGCCAACAUCGGCACGGCCAAGAAGGACGACAUCAAGUUGAGAGAGGUUGAGUCCUGGGCCAAAGGCGCGUCGCUGAGGCUCCGAACUCUCUUGCUUCACGCGGCCGGCCUCGCUCGCAAGGAGAAGCCGCCGAACAGGGCUCCUGCGUGGUGGACCAACCUCAUGGCCAACGAGAGCAAGGUCCCAGAGCCGAAGAAGGCAGCGCUGCAGAAGAGCAACGUGAAGGACGAGACCAAGCCCGAUAAGGAGCCCAAGCCCGAGGAGGGAUCCAA